AUGGGGUGUGUUCUGAUGCUGGGGGCUAUCAUGCUCUUUGAGUAUCUGAUCUCUGCAACUGCCUUGGCUUUCACUACCAGCAAAUCGAACUCUCGAAACUUUCUGCUUUUCUGCAUCCUUGGCCUCGCAGGUUUCGAAGUCAGACUCCUCUCCUUUUUGCCCGAGCCUGAAUUACUACGAGGAGUUAUUGCAUUCUCAUGCAUCAUCAAGCUUCUGCACUUUGUUAGCCUGUUUCUGGUUCUCCGUGUGGAGAUCAAUCAAUUGGUUGAAGAAGUAAAAUCAAGCUCCUCAUUCAGUCGGUUUUGUGCUGGAUUGAACUGCGUGACGAGUACCCGCGGAAUUGGCACCCCCUGGGAGGUGAAAAAUGUAUCAAAUUCCGAUGAACCAACCAACGGAAAAGCUGCAUUUAUUGUGAAGGCUGCAAUCACCCUGGCAUGGCAAUAUCUGGUUCUAGAUCUUCUGAACUUUGGAGCAUUGAAGUACUUUCACCGGAAUUGGCCCGAUGCGUUAGCAGAAGGGACCGAGUUCCUCAACUCCGGCUCGACUUCCGCUCUGUUGCAUAUUAGCGACCAAUCUGCGCUUACUUUCUUCGAUGGUGUAUAA